UCCUCUUUAUUGUGUACAGAGAGUGACUGAGGUUUUCCGAGUGCUAUAUAUAAAGAAAUUUUUCUGGCUAAGUGGAUCAGUCAACUUGAAAAUGCGAACGGUGUGCGUCUUGUUUCUAAUUUGCUGCCUUUGCUGGUUGCCCAAAGGUCAAGCUGACGAAGAGAAGCAGAAGAUUGGCGCUGUGGGUCCGCCAGUGAAACAGAGAAGUCUGCGCCAUGUAAGCUACUUCGCUAAUCCAGGACAGCCAGGAAGACCUGGCACCGGAAUACCAGGACGACCUGGCCAGGGAAUUCCUGGGCGACCUGGACGGCAAGGAGGAUCAAGUGGAGCUGGAGGAGGGGGAGGAGCUGGUGGCCGUGGAGGUGAUGGGGGAGCAGGUGGGGCAGGCGGCCGAGCAGGAAGAAGUGGAUAUUGGAGGAAUGGUAUUUCAUUGGGUCAAAGGCGACCAGAGCCAAGGUCAAAAUAUUUAUGGUAUUGAAUCACCUAUUCAAAAUAAAUUUAAAAAAAUGGUAUAUUAAAAAACAGUCUAUUUUGUAUAAUUAAAUAAAUUCUACGACUAAUUCA